UGUUGCCUUUAAUAUGUCCUUUCGAUCCUUAGACAUCUUGUUGCCCUCAUGCACUGUGGGCUGCAGAUUCAUCCUGUGUUUUGAUAUAUGGGAAUUUCUCAUGGAUUUACCACAAAUCCAACUCCUGCUCUUGUUCUUAAUAUAUGAUCUAAUUUAACAUAUGAUGAUGAUUUCAGGGGACUGAAAAGCAAACAUCACAUGGACUCAGCUGGGAUUAUUUACUUUGCAGUAAAGAAAGAAGUCCUUGUUACCUUUUCUAACCUCUUUUAAGCAUUAAUAGACUGGAAUCACAGUCGCAGAGGGAGAUUGGCAGCAGCUCUCAUCAUGCCAAGGCCAUGCCAGGUCACUCAUGUGAAAGAGGUCAGAUACUCCCACAUGUGUCACGGGGAUAAAUUAGCAAAUUUCCAUGAGAACCGUGGACACAAGCAACUUCUGCUAACCGUUUUUUUUCCUCACGUACAAGCAACUUGCGUGCUAACUUUUACACGUUUUUUAACAGGUUUGGAGUCUCGACUAAUUAUCUGGCAUGGAAUGCAUUUCUGCCUUUUUGCACUGAAUUCAGAUGGAGGCUAUGAUGGCAUGUAUCACUCCAUCACUGUAACCACUGCUGCAGCAGGGCACAGCUGAAGUGUAGGCGUCUGCGGGCACUAUCAUUUUUUGGGACUAACAGUCUCCCUGCUGUUACUAUUUAUACUUUAGCAGCAGUUUGUUUAACUCACAGCCACUCUUCCUUUCCAACUAAAAUCAGAAAUAUCAGAGAGAUUUUUGCACACCCUCAGGGCUUAGGCACUCAAGGAUUUCACAAUGCGUAUCGGCGAAGGCUCUAAUUUUCGAGUGGGGCUGUUGUUGUUGUGAAGAUAUUCAAAUCGUCCUUCUCGUUCAUUAUGCUUCCACCCACUCUUUGAACACUUGAACUCAGCCCCCGCCGGCAUUGACACUCAGUGCCAUGGUACCAGGCUCGGCCAGCUGUGGAUGGAGGAUGGCCUGAGUAGUGACACUGCCAGUGGUGGUGUAGACACGGUCCUGGUGACCCCCCGCCACCGCAUACUACAUUAUGUGUGUGUGUGUGUAGUGGCACGAUGGUCUUUGUUUGUUUGACAUCACUGCCCUUUGUUCCUCCCUGAUCAUGGCAAACACAAUAGAUAUUGUAUCUGCAGCCACAAAGAGUAGCUUUUUCCUCUGGGCCCCUGAAGCCAGUGUUGCACCACCAUCCCUCAAUCGCCUGGCGACGCCUGUGACCGCUGUAGAAAGAGGGCUGGACCAGAUUUAGUCAGGGCUGAGCUGUGAGGUGUUUGGUACAGGCAGAGGAGCGUUCACAUACGGAUGAAAUCAGCACAGAGAGGCUUGUUUUACAGUAGCGAUACCCUGUAGGCAGCACUGUACACCACUGGUUGGCACUGGGAUCUUUCUUUGUUGUGGAGUACAGGAUCAGAAGCAGCAAAUGUUUCCGGUCAGGCAGCCUUGGCUUUGCAAAGCCUUAGGUUGUUAUGAUUGCUGUGUCCGGUGCCUUGGGGCAGUGCCCUACCCAUCCCUGGUUGCCACCCUGCUGUGCUAUGCUGGCAUGGCAUUGUUUUGUGGCUGUGGGCAUGAAGCGUUGGCCAAUACCGAAGUCCUCGUCGAGACUUACUUUGCCCGCAACGUUCAGGACUAUGUGGUCAUGGCAUCUUUUAUCAAAUACUUCCAGUACGUGAUCUACGGCCUGGCAUCCUUUUUCUUCCUCUACGGCAUCCUGCUGCUGGCUGAGGGUUUCUACACCACGAGUGCAGUCAAGCAGACUUUUGGCGAAUUCAGGAGUACCCAGUGUGGCCGCUGCCUCAGCCUGACGUUUAUCAUAGUGACGUACAUCUUGGCCUUCAUCUGGCUGGCAGUGUUUGCCUUCACUGCCGUCCCCGUCCUGUUCUUGUUCAACAUGGAGCAGACCUGCCACAACAUCAACAUCCUGGCUGAAACAACACCCAGCAUUAAUCAGCAUGGCUGGAUUUGCAUGGACGCCAGGCAGUAUGGUCUGCUUCCUUGGAAUGCAAUGCCAGGCAAGGCUUGUGGAAUGACCUUGGCAUCUAUUUGCAAAACCAGCGAAUUCUACGUCACUUAUGACUUGUACAUAGCUGCAUUCGCCGGUGCUGGGGUCACUCUCUUGGCACUGUUCCUGUACAUGAUCGCCACCACCUACAACUACGCGGUGUUGCGGUUCCUGGGCAGAAAAGGGAUCCGCUAAGAGCAACGCCUCAGUCAACCCCAUCGUCUGGCUUUGAGAAGGACAGUCAACAUUAUGCAACACUAGAUUUACAUUCAUCCUCUGGGAAACUGCAACUUCCAAACCUGGAUCGCCUGCUAGUAUUUCUUUAGACGUGUCCAAUAACAAAAGACAAAAUGUUUCUCAUCACUGUUAAGUAUGAACAACAGACAGAGAGAUGAAGAUAAUUCACACCCGAUGAUGAGCUCUGGCCUGCUCCUCAAAUCCUCCUCUCAGAUGAUUCUCUUAGCUUUGUUGUUCAUUUUCCUUUUUGCAGGUUGUGUCUCUCAUUUUAUCUCUUCUGUGAGGCUUCACUGGUGCUGAUUGUGAUGUAUGAUGUUUCAUGAAUAAUUAAGAGAAAUGACAGCUUGCCUUGCGAGUCAUAACUGCGUGCGCACCACUCAGUGUUUACUGAUGCACAUAUUGGUUCUGAAUAUGAUUUUGCUGCUGCCUCAUUAUCACCAUCUUGCGUAUCAACAUUGUGUGAACUAAAGCAAGUGAAGCUGAAAGUACAAAAGUUUCUCUUUGAGCUUCUCACUUCACAAAAAAAAAAAAGUACUUUGCGCUCACUCGCAAUGCAUUUUUGCUAUGUAGGGGGUCUGUAUUCCUGGAGGUGUUUUGGUUAAAUCUUAAAAUAAGCUACCCGAGGGGGUUGAUGCUUCAAUAACUGAUCUCCAGGUGACUUGUGUUUAAUGUGUAGCCCUACUGCUUGGUCUGGUGUGUGCUUAUUAGAAAUUAAGGCUGAUUAAACCAUUUAAAUCUGAGGCAAUACAUUGGGAUUUUUAUUUUAACCACACAGUAUGUUGCAAUAAAAUCAUUUAUGCUGA